GUAUCGUGAGAGUCAACCUCUUGGCUGUGAGCAGAAACAUCAGACUAGUUAUCACCGACUUCGAGAUAACAAUGUCCUCUCGUCCUUCCAUCGUCGGCCCUGAUGCUGGGCCCGACGCCCCUUAUCCUCUCCACAUGGAAGGCAAUGUAAUCUCUGGUUUUGGUCGGGGUUCCAAAGAGCUCGGCAUCCCAACUGCCAACCUCCCCGUAGACGCCGCCCUCACCCCCUGGAUCGCUGAUAUGCCCUCGGGAGUUUACUUUGGCUAUGCCUCUCUCGCACUGCCCAGCACGCACCCAGAUCACCCCGAUGCGACGACAUCCAAGGACGCUCCCAGCAGCAACGAGGCGGCUCUCCUAGCCUCUGCACCUCAGAGCAACCCGCCCUUCCACAUCUUCCCCAUGGUCAUGUCCAUCGGCUACAACCCCUUUUACAAAAACACCGUCCGUAGCGCCGAGGUCCACGUCCUACACAAGUUUACUGCCGAUUUCUACGACGUGCCUAUGCGUCUACUCAUCCUUGGCUUCAUCCGUGAGGAAAAGGACUACAAGAGCCUAGACGCUCUCAUUGAGGACAUCAACUUUGACUGCGAGGUUGCCAAAAACAGUCUCGCACGCGAGGGCUGGGUGCCGUCCAAGGGGCGUGUCAUUGGUGGUGCAAGUCUUGAUGGGAAGUUGGAUGCUCAGUGGCUUACUCGGAACGCGUGAUGGACGGAUAAGCCGUCGUUUAGAUAGAUGAACAAGGCAAAAGGCACGAGGAGUUAUGGAUAAACAAAUGGAUAUAGAAGAUACAAGUCUUU